CCUAGUUGUGCGACAAGAACCUCUUUCUUCGUCGGUUUCCUCACCCCGCCCUCCCCGGUAUACAUAGAUACGCCUCGUUGCACAAGCUCGCGCAUCAGUAUCCAACACGGAUUGACAUUGUACUUUUUUUCUUAGCUUCUACAGCCCAGCAACAUGUUGCUUACAUGACGAACGUCACCUCUAUUAGUAUGGCAUCAGCGUCGGCUGAUGGGCGUGCUGAUGUCGCACACGGCAGUACUGGUAGCACUUCCAAGUCCGUUGCAUCUACGCAACUCGGAUCGGGCGGCAAUAAUUUGGAUUUCGCGCCAACAAGAUCAGCCGCAUUACCUGCCGGAGUCGGUACAACUGAACGAGAACGGCCGGUCUGCGGCGACUGCUUCCAGACCCCCGCAAAACUAAAGCCGCUAUCUUCUUUCGAAGAGCGCCUGGCGAAGGCCCGCAGUCAGAUCAGCAACACCCUCUCCGACCUGAGCGAUAGCAAGUCGCAGAUCGAACUCGCGCGGGAGAACCAGAAAAAGUUGCCACAAAUCUUGGACGACCUGGAGCAGAUCGCGUUUGAAGCGAAAAACCACUACGAUUUUAAGCAGGGGAAGGUGUUGGACAGCCUGAUGCAGAUGACGCUGUUUGGAACGAACGAGCGCUUCGCAGGACUGGAGGACGACGAUUUCGUGGAGCCCAACAGCGGGGAUCCUCAUCAUCAUGGGUUCUCAAAUAGCAGCGACCCUGCAGGUGGAGCGAUAGCUUCAUCUAGUUCCAUGCUAGCAGGCGGGCAGAACGCAGCAAGUGGCAUUCUGAAAGCGGGCGAGAGUAGUUCGGCAGGAUCAUCAGGAGCUGUAAAGAAAAAAUCGAAGCUGCAAAAGCUCAGCUUUGCAGACUGAUAGAUGAAGAGAACAACUCCUAUGUUGAACUGGUUUCUGUAUCUGUUUCGAGAUGUUGUGGCUCUCGGCACAUUCAGAUUAUAUCAACCUGUUCCCACGUUCAU